UAUCCGCGGCAUGGUCAUCGCCUAAUCUAGAAAGCAUGGCGGUCCCCAUGAGCAGCUUGUGCAAGGUGUUCCGGAGGUUAUGCCACCCAGAAUUUUUGCCAGCACCCGGAUGUGUUGCAGCUUUGCACACAACAACAGUUCUGGAGAAGAACCGAGCAGGUCGCUACAGGGUGACACGCAAUCACAGCAAGCCGCUUACAUAUGAAAUGUCCAACCCACCGCACCAGAUUGCCCACCGCAAGGCGUGGAACUCAUGGAAUACAAGCAACCUGCAAGGAGGCUUGCGGCGCUCUGAGACCCUUGUAGAAGAUAUGUUCAUUCGCAAAUUUAUGACUGGCACAUGGCACCGUAUGUUUGUUUCGGAGAUCCUCAUCAAGCGUCGAGCGAACAUGAUCUUCAUUGGAGGCAUUGUGCAAAGGGUGGUGAUUCCGCGCAAGAUGUACUUCCUCAUUGGCUACACUGAAGAGAUCCUCAGCUACAUCCUCAAGUGCCCUGUCAAGCUGGAACUACAGUCAGUUGCAGACCGCAAGGAGAUGAUCUUCAAAUACAUUUAAAGGACGUACUCUUGUGUAUGAUGGUUCUAUUCUGAGAGAGCAUGUGGAAAAUGCGCCUCACUAGAUGAAAACCCAAGCACCAAGUUGCUUGUUGUUCUUGCUAUUUGCUGAGUAGCUCGGCAUUAUUGAUGCAGGCAUUUUAUUGCGACAUGUGCUUUCACUGAAAAACACUUAAGGUUAGUCACAUAAGGUAGAUUUUACUUUGAGAAAAAAAUUGUAAAUAAGAUGUGUAACAUUUUUUUUUUGGAUUACAAGAAGAUUUUGAAUGAGCUGUAUAUGUAAUAUUGAGCUCUCAAACUAUUUCCAGAGCCCUUCACUAUGGCGUCUCUCAUAAUCAUAUGGUGAUUUCGGGUCGUUAAACCCCACAUACCAAUCAUUCAGCUCUCAAACUAAGUUAUAUGUUCAGAGAAGAGUAUCAAACCAAAGCAUACAGUCACAUUACUCAGUGUGCCUGUGUAUAUUAUCAAUAAAUAACUCGGGGACAACAUUCUGUGGCAAUGAAAGGAAAGCUACGAGGGUAAAGCUACAUCACAUAUAGUCCUCUGCCAAAAAGCCCAGCUCGACUCGCUUUUCUAAUGCCAGCCAUGUUCGAGUAACACCACUGCGCAGAAUUCGCUACGUCUGCUUACGCAGCUAUUUGUAAGUGAAAUUCGAUGCAAGCUCCUUCAGUGAAUCGUCGGAAAAGCUGGAGGGCAACGAGCACUCACUUAAAGAUGAAGAUGCCAUUUGGACUGUGAGGUGCACCUAAAUUGUAUGAGGUUUUCAGACUUGCAAAAACGUGAAGUGACACUUCAUGAAGCAAAAAAUAUUAAUAUCUUCUUGAUUCAUGCAGCAUAUCUUUAUAAACAGCAUCCUGUACAAUAUAAAGUAAUGUUGCUUUGUAUUACCUUCACGCUGAAAACACAGACGCAUUUGUGGGACUAUAUUCUUCAGCUGUGGCACACACCUGCUUUGGUUCCAUAGCCUUUCCUUCAUUGCCGCAGAAAGUUGUCCGCAAGUAUAGUAGUAUGAUUAAAAAUAUGGGUUUGUGAAUGUUAAAGUUAAAUUUCCAUGCCACAAUAAACAUCAAAGGCUCACUAUAAAAGUCAAAUUUCGAGGUAUAUACCGGGACAUUCUUUACCUCAAAGCAAUACACGUGUUACCAGCAACAACAAUUUUAGCUCAUAAUCACUCGUAGAAUUAACCUUGUCUCUCUUUUUAGAAUGGAAAUAUUUUAGCUUUAGUCGGUCUUUUAUCUUCCUCAUUAUUCAAUCUCUCUCUACAGCUUAGUGUUAGUUAAUUGUUUAUUGUCACUACAGCUGCCGAUAACACUAACAGGAUGUCUCCUGUCAGUAUGACUGCGCUAGAAUGCUUCUAAUGCGACUUGUUAGGACAAUAUUGUGUACUACACAAUAAUUGGCUUAUGUUGGGGUGUACAUUGUAGAUAGCAUAAGCCUAUCAACAAAUGUGGUGAAUAAAGAAAGGCCUUUGUACAUAAGAUAAAGUCCUAUUGUUACACAGAUGAGCAGUUUGUAUUUUUAUUCUUCAUAUUCAGAAGCACAAGUAAAAAAAGGCUGGUAUAAUG